UGCUGUCCCUCUGUCUCUCUCUGUCACACAGAGAAUUUGUAGGGUUUGUUUGCGUAAUGGAGAUCAUCGAUACUCAAAGCCUUUCGAACUUGGAUCUCAAUUCCAAACCACCAUUCUCUUACAAUUCCAUCAAGAUUUGCUCCCACGCUGCUUCCCAACAACUAUCUCCGGCGAUCGUCCUAAGCAGAGGUUUCGACUCUCCGGCGGUGGCGGCCGGAAUGACAAACAAUGGUGAUGUGAGUGGAGCCGGUGAAGUGUCGAAUAAUACCGAGUCGAGUGCCGCCGCCAUGUGGGUGCAGAAGGUUUAUCGGAGCUACCGCACCAGGCGUAUGUUAGCCGAUUCCGCUGUUGUAGCCGAAGAGCUCUGGUGGCAAGCAAUCGACUAUGCUAGAUUGAAUCGGAGUACGAUUUCCUUCUUCAAUUUUUCGAAACCAGAGACGGUAGCUUCGCGGUGGAAUCGAAUCAGAUUGAAUGCUUCUAAGUUGGGUACAGGUUUGUCUAAGGAUGCCAAAGCUCAAAAAUUGGCUUUCCAGCACUGCAUUGAAGCUGUUAUCCUGUAUGUACUACUGUUGGGCGUACGUCAAACAUGAUAAUUGAUCUCAUUGAUGAAAAGAGUCCCCACAUGGGUGGUGUUGUUAUGAUGUCAAAUAACUUCUCGGAACUCAACUGUUCACUUGCUGUGUCUGUGAUCUGUGAUUCAAGUGGAGUUCAAGGACCUCAGGCACUGGAUAAAGUUGGGACUUGCGAUUACAUGACUUCAUUGCGUGGACUUGCAGAGAUAUUUUGGUGUAUGGAAAGGAAAUUGUACUUUUGUAUAGAAGUAAUAUAAUACUUUUGUCGUCUCCGGCUUUUGUGCAGUUAACUAUUUCUGAUACAGAAAAUUUUUGGCAGCGAACAAAUAAUUAUUGGCAUGGUAGAUGGAUCACCUUUUGAUGCCAUACAAAUAUAUGAUUUAUUGUCGUGGUACAUAGAUGUAUUUUUGGCUUGGUACAUACAUCACCUUUUGUCGUGGUACAGAUUACGAUGGUAAUUUGUACCAUGCCAAAUGGUCAUUUCACAUGGUAUAGUAAAUGUAAUUUUUGUAUAUAGAGGGCUUUACUUUUUGUAUGAUUGUAUAUGUUGUAUGAAAUUAUUAUUUUAGUUUGGACAAUAGUUUGUUUGUAUGUACUUGGACAGUUAAAGUAAUUUAUUUUUUGUAUA